AAACGCGAUUUGCGACGGAGAUAAAUAAUUGAAAAAAUGCGGCUGUCCGAUUGCGCAUCCCUGGGAGUGAAUAGGGAAAUGCUGCGCCAGUGUCCCGGCUGAGAGACGGAGCCGAUCCUGCCCAGCGCGAGCUCCGAGCCUCCGCGCCCCCCUCCUGUCAUCUCACAAUAUCUGCCAAAUAUCGUCGUUUCAAACAUGCGCGCAGGGAGACAGAAUAAAAGUUGUGUCUAGGCCAGUGCGCCCCUGCGUCGGUCCCAGCCUGCAGAAGCAUGUCCCGUCGGAAACAGAAACGACCUCAGCAGCUUAUGAGCACGACCCUCGAUGCCUGUGGGAAACUUGAGCAUGAUAACAACUUGUCAGUGAGGUCGCACUCCUUUCCAUUUGUCACGGAUUCUCCCUCGCCGUCUCCAUCUUCUUCUCCUCGAAGCUCCCGGCCGCCCAUUGCUCUUUGUUCAUCUUUCAAGGACUCUCAGACAUCUUCUCUACCCACCGAGUGUCUAUUCCCACCAAGUUCACCAAAACAACCCUCCCAGCAGGCACUCAAAGACCCACAGCCCUCACUGUCACCUGACUUCCCGUUUUCUUUAGUCCCUUCUGAAACACGAUAUCCGGCUGAUUUUCAGUUGCCUGGCUGUAAUUCUACAUCUUCUGCUUGUGGCCUUAUUCACUGGUCCCAAAGCACACACAUGGCCUCUCCCAAGCUUGGGCUCUCAGCCACCACCACCUCUUCUUCCUCCUCAUCCUCCUCUGCCUCCCUAUGUCCUCCACCGCACCCUGGGAGCCCCAGCCGUGUACCGGAGGGCCCCCCUAGUCCCGUUACUCCCACCCCGAGCCCAGGAGUGACAUCUGCCUCAGCCGCUCCCUCAAGGACCCAGCUGAGCAUUGCCUUGAUUCUGGAAGAGCUUCGAGUGUUGCAGCAAAGGCAGAUCCACCAGAUGCAGAUCACCGAGGAGAUCUGUAGACAGGUGCUACGUCUUGGUGGAGCCCCAUACAGCAUAGACGCACCCUCCCAGCAUCUACUCCCUCCCCUGCCUCAGCUCUGCCUGGAAGGCAGCAAAAGAGCAUCCAGUCCAGUAACCAUCCCAACUGUGGCUCAACCUUCCACAUCUGUGGCACCUCUCCUGGCGUGCUUCUCCUCCUUGCUCCCCUCUCAGGCAGGUAACAAGUCCACACAGCCGGGCAGUUCCCUGUCACAAAUCCUGCAGCCUCACAAGCCACAGAUGGAGGGGACGGCUGGGACAGCAGGGACUCACGGUUACCUGAGGGCAAGCUCUCAAUCAUCAGCAUCCUCCACUUCUUCUUCAGCUGCAAACUCCAUGGCUUCCUCCAACUACCCACUGGCAUUUUCUCUGGCAACCCCCAAUCGCUAUCUUCAUGAGAAAUCACCAAAUACCACUUCAGUUAGUGCCCACAGUGGCCUAGGCUUCUUAAAUCAGUCACUCUCUUCAUCCGCAUCUAAUUUUACAAACUCGCAACAUGCUUUCCAGUCCGUCUCAAGCGGUGGCGACUCUUCGUCAGCAUCCACUUCCAACAUUACCAACCGUCUCCAGCAUGCCUGCCGCUUCUGUGGGAAAAUCUUCAGCAGCGAUUCUGCCCUGCAAAUACACCUCCGCUCACACACGGGGGAAAGACCUUACCAGUGUCCAGUGUGUCUCAGCCGGUUCACCACACGGGGCAAUCUGAAGGUGCACUUCCUGCGUCACCGUGAACAAAACCCAGAGCUCUCACUUUCACUUCUGCCUCCAUCAUUGUUUGGGGUUGCAUUAGGGGCCACCGGUGGAUCAGAGAUGGGACAGAUUAUUAGCAGCACUAGCAACACCACCACAAACAUGACACAGAAGAAAAGAAAAAUCAAGACAGACGAUGAAACAUGUGGAGAUAAUCUGGAGGCCAGUAGUGCCAGUACUGGGCUCUCUCUUGGUUCCUCUGGAGGAUCGACUCCUUCCACCCUACCCCUGCCCCCGAGUGUGGAUCUGGCUUUGAUUUCUCACUCACUCUUGCAGCUCAAUAGGGCUGCAGCUGUAGCAGCUGCAGCUUCCAUUACUUCUGGCUCAUCCCACUCAUCCUCUUCCUCUUCAUCCUCCACCUCCUCUCUGGCUACCUCUCUCCUCUCAAACCCUUCCCUGUCUUCAUCAGCCACAAUCACAGGGCUAUUCAAAGGUGCUAAGCAGCAGCACUUUGAUGAAAACACCCCCCCUCAUGCCCCUGUUCUUUCUCCUGCGGCAUAUUCCCAGCUAGCCCACCUGCCCAAGCUUCUGUUUCCAUCGGUCUCCACUUCAUCAGCCCCCACUGCACACUCAUCCCUUUACAACCACCCAGCAUUGGGCUUGCUACGCACCCCACUGCCAUCCAAUCCAGGCUCACACCAACUUGCAUCUUCAAGCCACACCCAACUUUCUUUCCCAUUCUCUUCCUUUCCUAAAGCUGGCACAACCAGCACUUCGUCUUCCCUGCCCACCUCCAUAGCUACCCCGACUCCUACAUCUGAAACCUCUAAGCUGCAGAGGCUGGUGGAGAAGUUAGAGAAGGCGCCUAACCGCUCCUCUUCCCCAUGGACUACGUCUUCUAUUUCCACUUCCAUGCUGGAGAUUUUAUCGAGCAAUACCGCUACCUCCUCAGCAGGCUCUGGCACCAGUGGCUUCACAAAUGCCAACACUUCUACCACAUACGUCAUGGCAUCCCCACCCUCCACGAGUCUUGUCAAUACUUCAGUCUCAAACUUUACCCGUGAGAUGAUUGCAGCUCUGGGCAUGAGUGCCAACGGUGCAGGUGUCAUGGCAGGAGGUAUGAUACCAUCUCUUAUGACAGGUCCAGCUGGUAACCUGACACCUAAUCAGUGUGGGGUGUGUUUGCGGGUGCUGAGCUGCCCCAGAGCACUCCGGCUGCACCAGGCCACGCACCUCGGAGAGCGUCCCUUUCCAUGUAAAAUAUGUGGGCGAUCCUUCUCCACCAAAGGAAGCCUGCGGUCUCAUCUUGCCACUCAUCAUGCCCGACCACCCAAUUCACGUGUUCAGAACUCAUGCCCACUGUGCCAGCGCAAGUUCACGAAUGCCCUAGUGCUUCAGCACCACAUCCGAAUGCACCUCGGUGGACAGCUGCCUCCAGACGGCACAGAGGACUCUGUCCAGGAAAUGCAGGCUGAAUCUGGUACCAAACCAUUGCUGCAGUCUGAAACACAGUUUGCUGUUCUAAAUCCUGCCCAAAGUAAAACACCUCCUCCAGCCAACCUUUCCAAGAGUCCACCUCCAAGUUCUCAAGUUGAACCUACAGUCCCUGUCAGUGAUGAUGUAAAAUCAGUUGAAUUUACUAAAAAUCCUAGUAAAUCUGCAGCCUCCAGCCCUGAUCACAUUCCCCCCCUGAGCCCGGAUCCCUUCAUAAAUCCCUCCACACAAACUCCACCACCAGGCAGUUCAGACCCUCCAGUUCUCAGUGUCAGUGUCCCUUUGCCAGUCUCACAGGAGAAAAAUCAAGCUCCCUUGGCAAGUGAAGACAAACAGGUUCAACCAGAAGUCUCUGACGAUGUUAAUCUUCCUGAAUCUGUCCCUUCACCACUUUCGUCUGUUACAAAAACCACAGUAUCCCCCGCUGAGGCAGUGGACUGUGGGGUGGAUGAAGCAUCCACAGCUACUGACGCCUUCCUUGGCUCUAAAUCGAACUUGGAGGAUCUUCAAAGCACAUCUGCUCUUGGUGAUUCCUUUGCUUACACCUGUAACAGUACUGCUUCGAACUCUACCCAGAUUCAAGACGUGACUGAUGUUAAUGCAACACCAGAAUUACAAUCAGAUGCCAUCUCCCCAAAGCCGAACUCACCACAACCCAUGGACGAAGAUAAAGACGGGUCUUCUUUGCCAAAAACACCAAAGCAAGACCAAACAACUGUGCCCGAGCAGGACCCAAAAACGGUGUCCAACUUGGAGACCACUGACACUGCAGUUGCAGAAGUAAAGGCUGGACCCCAGAGAGGAGCCACAUUUGUACGGGAGACACGUCACAGCUUUCACUACGGUUCAUAUGGGAGGGAAGAGCAAGGAGAAGGUGUGAAGAUCAGCGGAGUGGGUCAAAGUGAAGGACUGGACGCUUCCAUCCCACUGAGUCUCGCUCCAACUCUCCCAUCGCCGCUGUCCCGUCCCGAGAAGAAGACCUACUGCUGUGCUGAGUGUGGGAAGGAGUAUGCCAGCCGCAGUGGACUGAAGGGUCACAUGAAACACCAUGGUGUGACCACCAAAACAUCCCGUCCAGCAGCCCGAAGCAGCCGUUCCUCUGCUGACCAAGCUCAGUCCUCCACGUCGAUGACUUCCCUGAACAUUCCUGCCACCAGGAGCUCAGCGGGUUUCUGGAACCAGUACCAAGCCUUCCUGAACACCAGCAACGAGCCGACGGAGGAACACGCUGCUGCCGGCCGGGGAGAAAAUGAGCCGGCCCGGUCAUCAAAAUCACCUGCUCGAUCUCAGAUGGAUCCAAGAACAUCUGGAGAAGCUGGAGAGGAGUCAAGUGAGGGGUCAUAACUUGAGUCAGAGAAUAUCUGACUAGAAAAUGUCCCGGUGUUUUUAAUUGUUUAUCCUCUGGUGAAACGGCAUCAAAAUUUCCAUAGUACUGCUUCCUUAACAUAUUUCAGGUAGCUUGUUGGCUUAAUAGUCAGAGUUCUAUGUUUGUUUGUGAAAGUUGUGUGUCAAUCAGCUUGGUCCUGUUGUGUGAAAAACAAAAACAAAACAACAAAAAAAAAAUUGUAUAAAUAAAGACUUAAAAAAAUCUUCCAGGAGUAACAAAUUAAGUCCAGUUUUUGCUGGAUUUGAUUAAAAAGUGACAUUAUAUUCAUCUGUUUUUGACAUUAAGAAGCACAUUCUGACAAAGAAUUCCUGUUUGGAUAUGAGGAAAAUAAGUAUCAAUAUUUCAUACCCAACGUUAAUAUAAUGAUUGACAGUAUUUCUUUUUACAUAAUAUCAUCUAGAUAUCUGAAAUUGAUCAGAAUCACCAUAGAAAAUACAAAGACAAGUUGUUUCAGUCAUAAUAUUUUGUGCUCUUGUGCCAUACAUCAAAUCUCAUUCAAGUGGCACCAAAGGAGACUUAAUCAAACCACAAGAGGUUAUUUUGACACACGCGACCCCCUGAGUCUGCUUCAUAUCUACUGAUGACUGAAAUGAAUGAGGACAUUAGGAAAGCACAAAUAAAUCUUGCUUUGCUGGAGU